AUGCAUGGUCCGGACUGGUUAACAAACGAGAAACAAUGGCCGAAUGAAUUUCAAAUCGACAAUAAAGUGAUGAACACAACUUGUAAGGACUAUGAGAAUCAAGAAACGCAAGAUGACAUUAUACGGACGAAGAACAACGUAUUGAACAUAAUCAACGUUGAUAGAUACCAUUCAUUCAACAAAACCGCGCGUAUCUUAGGUUACGUACAGAAAUUCAUAGAUAACUGCCGUAAUACAGCUCCUAAUACUAAAAUACUGACCACAACAUACCUAACACCACAUGAUAUACAUAAUGCAACAAUGAAGUUAAUUGAAGCUGUGCAACACGAAAGAUACAGUGAUGUUUUUGAAAGCUUAUGUUCAAAGUCAACGCAUAGUUUGAUACGUCAAUUACGUUUAUAUCUGGACAAAGACGGAUUAAUACGAUGUGGUGGACGCAUUAAUAACGCACCACUUCCAGAGAAUGCAAAAUUCCCGUAUUUAAUACCAACAAAGCAUAGAUUAACAAAACUACUUAUAAAUGAUAUUCACAUUGAAAAUUUACAUUCCGGCAUAGGAGCUACCGUAACUAAUUUGAGGCAAAAAUAUUGGAUACCUUCAGCACGACAAGAAGUUGGAUGCGUAAUUCGAAAAUGCGUAAGUUGUAGAAAAGUAACAGGAGUUGCAUACAAAGCACCAGAUCCUCCACCGCUAUCUAAAGAUAGAUUAUCGUCCGAAGAACCAUUUACUAUAUCAGGCGUCGAUUUCAGUGGUGCGCUUAACAUCAAAGGAGACGAUGGACUACUUCGAAAAGUGUAUAUAUGUUUGUUUACAUGUGCCAAUACUCGAGCUAUUCAUCUUGAAAUAGUUCCAGAUAUGACUGAAAAAUCGUUCAUGCUAGCUUUUCGUAGAUUCAUAAGCAGAAAAUCGAUACCAAGAGUUAUGAUAUCGAACAAUGCUACAACAUUUGUUGCCGCCGCGGAGGAAAUACGAAAGUUAACGGACUCUAAAUCUUUACAUGACAAAUUGCGCUUAUUUAGAGCCACAUGGAAAUUCAUACCAAAACGUGCCCCAUGGUACGGCGGAUUUUGGGAAAGACUGGUUGGACUAACUAAAAAUUGUCUAAAAAAGAUUCUUGGACGCGCAUGUAUAGAUUUACCUCUGUUACAGACAUUAGUGGUGGAAAUUGAAGCUAACCUUAACAAUAGACCGCUUACCUAUAUAUCGUCGGACAUUGCCGAUCCAGAGCCGAUUACCCCGUCGCGUCUAUUGUAUGGAAGACAAAUUAAAUCUUUCCCGUAUCCGUUAUAUACAGAUGAAACAGACAGUUAUAGUGCCGAUUCAACAACCAAUCACGAAACUAUGAAUGAUCAAGCGAAAAGGAGAUUCCGUCUUAUUGAACAAUUUUUAGCAAGAUGGAAACACGAGUAUUUGACCUCCUUACGUGAAUUUCACCGAGUGUCUGGAAAUAACAAUCAAAGUGUAAAACAAGGAGAUGUAGUUCAGAUAUAUGAUGAUAAUUUUCCACGUACGACGUGGAAACUCGGUGUAAUUGAAGAACUUACCUACGGAAACGAUAACCUUGUGCGAUAUGCGACGGUCCGAACAUCUAACUCUAAACUAAACAGACCAAUUGUCAAGUUAUAUCCUUUGGAGAUUUGUGAAUCCGACUCAAUCACUACACAUACGCAUAGAUAUCAGCGAAGAGCCAAGACAGAUGCCGUAGAGAAAAUCAGAGAGUGUUUAAAGUGA